AUGAAGUUAGGUAGAAUUCUCUUCCACAGCCUCAGUUUAGUUCGUGAAAAUCAAAUCGAUUCAUUUUUAUCAACACCAAAGAGUCGUCAGUUAUUCAGCGAUAAGAAGACCUAUCACAGGGAGUUUGUAAAAGAGUUAAUUGGUGGUAACAUAGAGAAUUGCAGCAAGAGUGAAUUGGCCAGAUCUAGUUUCCGAAACCAUAUCAUUGGAGAUCCCGGUUUCAAAUGCUACUAUGAGGUAAAGCUAUGCAUGUGCAAUUUUGUUACUUACUUGGAAUGUGACAAUGGGGUUCUCAAUAAUGGAGAGCUACUGAUGUUUCCCAAUCUCACAGAGUUGAGAGUGUUGGAGGAAUGUGGCGCCAAUUCUACAGCAAGUCAAACUGAGAUAGGUUUACCGAAGUUGAAAUUUUUGGCAGUGCAUGUACAAACUUUGCAAACGUCAAAGAUGUUGCUCAAUUCACUUCAAAAUUUGCGACGUUUGGAUCUAUUUCUAGUAUUUUCAGAUAUAACUAGUACUGAGGGGGCUAGGCAACUAAUUUCGCAAUUGCAGCAAAGCAACCUCAGUUUGGCUGAAGUGUCACUUUUCUUAGAACAACCAUAUAAUUUGCGGUAUUCCGAUACAAUUCAGUUAUUGAAGAUAUUUGCUUCUUGUCCAUGUUUGAGCAAAUUGACAAUCAGGGUCACCAGGCGAAAGUGUUUGAUGAGGCUGGAGCAUAGAGAGCACCUGCUCUACAGAGAGCACAUAAAUGAAGAGCUUUUAACAGUAUUUCAAUCUGUUGAACAAUUGAUAAUAGACAUUUCUCUUUUGGAUGAGAUCAAGCUUGUCCCAGCAUUGGAGCUCUGGGGUCAAAACACGCCAGGCAGAAGCAAUCGCAUCAUCAUAGUCGAUCGUGCUGUACUGCGACCGAAAAUGACCAUGCACCAGAAAGAAGUUCUAGGAACGAUAAUUCGGGUAUGUGGCUUUGCAGAUUUGUCCUUAUAUUAUGGAGAGUCGCUUGAAGAAAGUCAUCUCCUUGUGCUUAAUAUUGUCACUGAUUUUGUUCGUUGGAUAGUUGAUCCCAUUUCCACCAACAGCCAAGCCUAUUGUGGCUUGAGUGUGGUCUCAAUUGAGAAAUGCUGGUCUAUAACCGAUGAGUCCAUCAUGCGAGAGGUUUUGGAAAAUUGUAUUAUAGAAGGCAAGACAAAGGCUGACGUCAACCAUUUCAAAAUAUGGAGCCGAUCAGUGCUCAACUCCCCGAGAUACAGAAGGAGAGAAAUGUUGGACCUACAUUACCAUCGACAGUCUCAAUAUAACGUCACGACAGAAGGUGGGUAUUACGUCGGCACAUCAAAUACGCCAACAGAUUCUGUUACAAUUUUAACGUCGCAAUCAACUGGUCUGGACGGCGAGGAGAACUACUUUUGGAGCACGGAAACUUCACUAUGUGAUUUUGAACAGUAUUGCAUACGCCAAAGAAGAAGCUUGUUGUUUUGA